AUGUGUUUGUUUCCUCGACAGGAUCUUCUAAGAAGCACGUAUCUUGCUAAAUCUGAAGAAGCCUACAGACUUAAUGCAUUCGUGCUUCUCCCAACGGGCUUUGUUCUUCCCGCUGCAGCGCUUCCCAAAGUAGAGCUGCUGGAGGUUGUUUUUGCGGGCAACCACAGUUUAGCAAGCGACUAUGGAGUCUCCUACGAGCCGUACAGCAUGUACAUGGAUUCGGGAGAGCCUUACUCCGAGCCACUCCUAAUUGAUGCAGCAGAUUCUGGCUCUAUUCAUGUAGUUUACCACCACUGCCCGUACACUGACGCGACGCUGCGUGGUUGGAGGUUUGAAGGCAACAAAUUCGUCAGUGCUAUUCCUGACGACACUCCUCUGUUGUUCAAAAGACGACAAAAAAUGUGCGUUGCUAGGAGAGUGGAGAUUCGCAGUGAUGGCGAACAAGAAGGAUCCGAGCUAACAUUGACGGCAGGUGAUCGUCAGGAGCCGCGAUUUUUUGGAUACAGAAUAGAUGAUCAAGGCUAUAUAGCAUAUUUUGUUGCUUUUACUCGUAUGCUACCUUCCGCAUGCGUUUAUCUGAAGUGCUGCAUCGCCAACUCGAAUCUGCCGUGCGAAAUUGUCUUCUACGACGUGCGAGCCCCGGAAAUCUUGUCAAGAUUCGAGCAAAUUGUUGGCUCCCCAUCUGUAACCCUCAGCCACGAAUGUCCUCUAUGUCUACACAACGGCGGAGAAGAUGGAGUGCCUCUUGAGUACUUCACUUCUAUUGAAGAAAAUCAGCUGUCGCAGGAUUGCCAUAACCUUACCCCACACACAUAUGGAGACUCGUUUGUGUUUCUUGGGCCGGGAAAAGAUGGCAGCCGGGUGCACAAGCACUUUGCCAUUGGCUCUCUCAGCAACACGUUGCAAAUACGAGAGUUCAGUAGAAUGACUCAGGUUUCUGUUCAGUAUCCCAACAAUCUGUGGCUCUCGCGCUCUGGUGCCUUCCACGAGAAUUUUUACCCACCGGAAGCAGUGAGAAGCUACUAUAUCGUUCGGGGUGCAGAGUAUACAGUUGCCGACGAGAGCAGGAAGAAGCUUCAGCAAGUGCUGUUUUAUUAUGAUUCGCUGGCAAAUGCACAGGAAAAUAAAGGGGCAUCGUUUAUUUCAAGUCUUAGAAACCCUGAAGUGGCGAAUACCAAAAUUCCCGAUGCCAUUUUCGCUGAGCAUCCAACAGCCAACGACAUGACAUAUUUCUACAGCAACCCUAUAGACAGUGCCAUAAGAUUUGUUGCUGGAGGUGGAUUUCAAUUGCCAUCAAAAAAAUUUGUUUCCCCUGCUGCAAUAAAGGGAUUUUGUGUCGCGCCGGUGUUCUAUGAUCAGUGGGCUGUAUUUCUUGCUCUCGAGGAGCCAGUAGCAGUUUCGAAAAAGCUACGGCAGCAUGCAUGGGACUAUGUACGAGAUUCUGAUGCUUCUUGGGAAACCACACCGCUUCCAUGGUGGGAUGGUAAACCAUUUCCGGAGUUUUCCUCUUCGCGACCAGGCCAGCUGCUAUACAUGCAAGUACCCAUAUCUGGCACCCGCUCGUACAAUGAAAUGACACUUCGGGUUUUCAAUGCUGAUGCUUACCGCUCAUUCCACUGUUCUGCUGCUGGUAGUGCUUCUGUGUUGCUGAUGCAUCAUGAUACAGUAAACCACAUCCUGCAUAUUGAAGAGCGACUCAGGGAUGGAUCGCUUCGGGAAGAAUCUCAGGUAGAGAUUCGCCGUGUCUUGCAUGGUUCUUUGCUCCCGACCCGGACAGUGACAUCUUUACAAAAGGGGCCAGACUCAGUCCUCUGGAUAAAUAUGCUGACUACAAAGAGGUUUUCGGUUGAUGAGAGCUUUUACUACGUACCUGCGGACCUUCCGGGAAGAAUUGCCUCUGUACAAAGGGCAACCGGGUUCUAUGCAGAUGGCGAUUGCCUAGGAGAGUGGUCUCCUCCGUUUUCGUCGGCCACUUGCUCCGAGUUUUGUGUCUCACUGCAUGCUUAUCAAGUGAAAGUUGCUGCUCGAGGGGGCGCCUCUUGUGCAUUCCAGGCUGGCACCGAACUGGCUAGGCAUUGCCUCGAAUCUCCUUGCAGCCGUGCCGAAAUUGGAAGUAUCGUAGUUAACAAACAAUGGGAUGCGACUGCACAGGCGUUUCAAUCGAAGCUGUCCCCGGACCCUGGCACUUCUGAAUUUGGACGACAUAAGGUUGGUGAUGGAUUGGGAAUACCUAGAGAAGAUAUAGGGUCCUCUGAUACUCCAACAGAGCUGGAGGUAUGGCAAGACAAAUUGCUUGACACCUCAACACAAGUCCAUGCUGGGGUGGAAGGGGAGGCCUCUGCCACUCUGGAGCUGAAGAGUGCCGUGGAUAUAUGGCAUUUGCGCAUAGCAUUUGCUUCCGCAACCGGACAAUCUGGCGCAACAAGGGCGCAAGUGGGUUCUUUUGAGUGUUCAAUAUCUGUUGCGGACGACAGUGGAGAAAAUAUCCACACAUGGGAGACGAGCGUGCCUCCCUCCCCCGCUGCACAAAGCGUGUGGGAGGCGAUGGACUUGCGCCUAUAUCGUGCCAAGACAAUAACCAUUAAGGCGGGAAAGCCUUUCAGGAUUGGCGAGGUCCAGGUGUUCGGUUGCAACUGGGAAUCCCACUGCGUUGAUCAUGGCAGCAACAACAACGAAUUCUAUGUCAUUACAGGCCCAGUAGGCAUCUUUACUGAUAUCUUGGAGUUUCUAUCGCUUAACUGCGGUGUCAUUUGCAUUGCCUCGGCAGGAGGUAAAGCUUGUCCAUCUAGCAUUUUUGAAACGCGUAGUUGCGUUAGCGGUGAGGGCUGUGAGGUGAGCGUUGUUAACUUUCCUGUACCUCCCGAUCAGCCAUCAUCAGAAGAUGACUCAGCAGAACAAAACGACCUAAUGAGGCCGGUCGGUGGGAUCUUUUUGAUAGCAGCAGUAGCAUGCGUCCUUUUGUUGCUAGCGGGCCUUGAAAGUUGGAGGCGCUGGGGCACGUCAAUGUCUGCGUAUCGAGAGGUACUUAAUAUACAACGGCAGAGAGAUCUAAUUGCAGCACGCCAGCAGAUGCUUGAAUACAAACAAAUGAUCCAAGAUUACAAGGGCCACCUCGAAGGGGAAGAACCGGGGAACGAGAUUACAACUGGGGUUGACGACGGAGCGCAAUCCGAAGCAUUCUUCAACAGUGCUUUCACUGCCCCACUGGAAGAUGUUGAAGAACCGCCGGCUGCCGGCAGCAAUCACAGCGACAGCGAUUUCGAGCAGCAUGAAGCGCUAUCUGGAGCAGAUGAGCAAAGUAAUGCCCCAGAUAGUGCGGCGGGGGAAGAAAGCAAUUCAGUGGAGCCAGUACAAACCGCUUAG